AUGGCGGAGAGGAAGUUCAGGGGGCGCCAGAAGAUCGAGAUCAAGAAGAUAGAGAAGAAGGCUGCUCGAGAUGUGGCAUUCUCGAAGCGCAGAGCUGGGAUGUUCAGCAAGGCGAGCGAGCUCGCGACCCUCUGCGGGGUGGACGUCGGGGUGGUGGCGUUCUCUCCUGCCGGCCGGCCGUACACGUUCGGAUAUCCGGAUGCCAACGUGGUGUUCGACCGCUUUCUCGGGAUAGUCCGAGCGGGAGGAGGCUCCGGCGGCCCCGCGGGCACGACGGCGAGCCAUCAGGCCGACAUACUCCGCCAGCUGAGCCAGCGCUGCUCGCAGAUGAUGGACCUUCUGAGUGCGGGAAGAGAGAAGAGAGCCGUCCUGGAAGAGCGGCUCAACAGUGAGAGCGAAGAUCCGGAGGACCGGGCGUGGCCGGAGGACCUCGAGGGGCUUGGGCUCGAGCGGCUUGCCAGGAUGGUUAGGGGCUUCGAGGAGCAGAGGGCGAAAGCUCGCUUGAGGGUGCUUCAGAUCCAGGAGCAAGGGGGGUCAUCUGCGGGGCCUUCAGCCAUGGCUGUCAUUCCGAUGCGCGCCGCUGGUUUUGGUGCGCCCGGGGGCUCUGGCCCGUGGAUCAACUGA